AAAAAACACGGAACCGUCAGGCAGCCGUGUGAUUCAGCGCUCCAUCCUGACAGGAGGGAACCUUUUAUCUGACGUACCCACUUCCGGCGAAUUCGGUCAGUCUCAGAAAUGAGUUUUGAGUGGCCUUGGCAGUAUAAUUUUCCUCCCUUUUUUACGUUACAGCCAAAUGUGGACACGAGACAGAAACAGCUGGCGGCGUGGUGCUCGCUGGUGUUGUCUUACUGUCGACAUCGUAAACUCUACACCUUGGAUGUUAUGGAGGCUCAAGAAAGCCCCGUUUUCAACAACAAGAAAAUAUCAAGAAAGCUCUCAGUAGAGGCCAUCCAGGUUGUCUUUGAAGAAUUAAGGAAAAAAGGGAACCUGGAGUGGAUGGACAAGAACAAAACACGCUGCCUGAUAAUGUGGAGGCGGCCUGAGGAAUGGGGAAAGCUCAUAUACCAGUGGGUAUCCAGAAAUGGGAUGAACAAUUCAGUGUUUACACUCUACGAGCUCUCUAAUGGGGAUGACACAGAAAGUGAAGAAUUCCAUGGGUUGGAAGAGUGGAUGCUGCUUCGUUCUUUGCAGGCUCUACAGGCGGAGGGCAAGGCAGAGAUCAUCACCAUGGAUGAUGGGAAGGGUGUCAAGUUUUUCUGAACCCGGGAAAGAGGGGUGCAUCCCGGUGCUGUGGGGGACUGUGUAGAUUGUUCUCUGCUAGGAGGACCCUAGGAAAAAGGUGUGUCUUCCACUGAAAAAAGUAGGAUAUGGGCCUCUUUGUCUCUUCCAUCGGUCACACUGACCACUGAGGGUGUUUCAGGAAAGCUGUUCUAUUUGUCCGUCACUUUGAUUUUCUUAAGGACAUUUGUUUUAUGUUCUGGAGGUCUUUUCUAUAUAGUUUAGGCAUAGACUAUUUUCUUUGUCAUAUCAAACAUCAUAUAGGCAGAAAUGCUUCUGGUUACUGCCGCAAUUAACGGAUCCCAGAGGCAGCCUCUGAAAUGUCUGAGAUUGGGGUCAUUUCCUAUCAGAGACAGCAUAAGGAGGGCCUCCUGAGCCGGAGUAACAGCCAGGGGGCAUCCUGUUUCUGCAUACUGAUGAAACCAUUUACUCUUCUGUACUGAUUUCUGCAUUUUUUUUGUUCUCCUUUUAUAUCAACGUCAUGCUGUAAAAUAAAAAGGAAGUGAAAUGA